CUUUCGCCGGCAAGUUCGCGCACGCACGUUUCUCUUUCGAAAAAAGAAUACCGCGCGGUUCACAGCUCGGCGAUCUCCUGUGUGCAAAAUCCCUCGCGGCACGCGUCCCAGUGAUAAUCCUCCUUGUCAGCGUCAACGUUGAUAAGAACCAGUCGCAAGUCAUCUCGAGCUAGCAGUUUCGUCUCAGCUUCCAACCCGUGAGGAUCUUCGCCAGCGCUUUCUCGGAUCCAGGUUUUGAAUUGCUUCUGCCAAAAUGUCGACAAAACCCGCGUACAAAGUUGCUGACAUCAGCCUGGCCGAGUUUGGCCGCAAGGAGAUCAUGCUGGCGGAGAACGAAAUGCCCGGUCUGAUGGCGUGCCGCGCCAAGUACGGCCCGCAGAAGGUGCUGAAGGGGGCUCGCAUCGCCGGAUGUCUGCACAUGACCAUCCAGACGGCGGUGCUGAUCGAGACGCUGGUCGAGCUGGGCGCGGAGGUCCAGUGGAGCAGCUGCAACAUCUUCAGCACCCAGGACCACGCGGCGGCCGCCAUCGCCAAGGCCGGCGUGCCGGUGUACGCCUGGAAGGGCGAAACCGACGAGGAGUACCUGUGGUGCAUCCGCCAAACGCUGGUCUUCGCCGACGGGCAGCCGCUGAACAUGAUCCUGGACGACGGCGGCGAUCUGACGAACCUGGUCCACACCGAGUACCCGCAGUAUUUGGGCGGCAUCAAGGGAAUCAGCGAGGAGACCACCACGGGAGUGCACAACCUGUACAAGAUGAUGAAGGAGGGCAAGCUGGGCGUUCCGGCGAUCAACGUGAACGACUCGGUUACCAAGAGCAAGUUUGACAAUCUGUACGGAUGCCGCGAGUCGCUGCUGGACGGAAUCAAGCGCGCCACGGAUGUGAUGAUCGCGGGCAAGGUUUGCGUCGUGGCCGGGUACGGCGAUGUGGGCAAGGGUUGCGCCCAGGCGCUGAAGAACUUUGGCGGACGGGUGCUGGUGACGGAGAUUGAUCCGAUCAACGCGCUGCAGGCAGCGAUGGAAGGUUACGAGGUGACCACGAUGGAGGAAGCCAGCAAGGAGGCGCAGAUCUUCGUGACCACGACCGGCUGCAGCGACAUCAUCAUGGGCGAGCACUUUAUGAACAUGAAGGACGACUCGAUCGUGUGCAACAUUGGCCACUUUGACUGCGAGGUGAACGUUGCCUGGCUCGAGCAGAACGCCAAGGAGAAGGUCAACAUCAAGCCGCAGGUCGACCGCUACCUGCUCCCCUCCGGUAACCACGUGAUCCUCCUGGCCGAGGGUCGCCUCGUCAAUCUGGGCUGUGCCACCGGCCACUCCAGCUUCGUCAUGUCCAACUCGUUCACCAACCAAACGCUGGCCCAGAUCGAGCUGUGGACCAAGCCGGAUCAGUACAAGGUCGGCGUGUUCGUGCUGCCGAAGGCGCUCGACGAAGAGGUGGCCGCGCUGCACCUCGACAAACUGGGCGUCAAGCUGACCAAGCUCAGCCAGAAGCAGUCCGACUAUCUGAACGUGCCCGUCGCCGGACCGUACAAGCCGGAUCACUACCGUUACUAAGCUUUUUCUCGAUUCUAAAUCACAAAAAUAAAAAGUUCGCCAUCACUUCUUUUUAAAAA